GACGCGUAUGUCGAGCUACAUCUAGCAGACUCGCGAGGAAUCAUUGAUUUUUUUGCAGCAUCAACAAGUAAGCGUGAUACGUUCGAUUCGCUUUGAAGUGUGGCACGCCGCAGGCGGCCAACGUAAUGCCACGAGGGAUACCGUCCCACAGGCCGGUUAACGUAGCUACGUUGGCGGCCGUGGAAUGGCGGCACAUAACUAGAGUCUCGCGAGCACCACGCAGAUGAAAAGACCGAGGAGGCGGCUUCGGCGGAGGACUUUAGCGCUGUGGUCGCCAUAUUUAUACACACGGCAUUCAAUACGCACAAGUGCACGAAUUUUAUUAAUUCGUAAGUUACGGGAAUUUGGUGGAGGCAGGUAGACGACGGUCGUGAGCCGUCAGUUGCCAGUCAUGGCACGAAGCCGGAAAGACAGUACUGGUAAGAGCGACUCCGAGGUCACGGAUAAAGAGAAUAAACGAGCGAGGGAGAGGAAGAAGAGGUCGGCGUCAUCGUCAAGUAGUGGGAGCAGCUCCUCCGAUAGUAGCUCGGCAUCUUCGAGCUCUAGCAGCAGUGGAAGCUCUAGAUCCAGUUCCUCCUCGAGCUCUUCGUCGAGCAGCUCAGGCAGCUCGUCGGCCAGCUCUCGUGACAGGGGACGCAAGCGCAGCAGGAGCAAAAGCACAGAUGUCAGAAGACACGAGAAUAAAGAGAAGGAACGUGACAGGGAUAAGGAGCGUGACAAGGAGAGAGAGAGGGAACGUGAGAGAGAGCGUGAAAGGGAGAGGGAAAGGGACAGGGAUAGGGAUAGGGACCGUGAAAGGGACAGGGAUAGGGAUAGGGAUAGGGAUAGGGAAAGGGAGAGGGAGCGGGAGAGGGAGAGGGAGAGGGAAAAGAAGAAACCCAAUUCAGUUCCAGAAAAGCCAAAACCAAAGCCUAGAUCCAGGACUCCGUCUCCUCGUCGAAAACGCAGGGAAAGGUCACCCAUUCCUAGACCAACGAAAAUUCAUAUUGGCCACCUGACGCGUAACGUCACCAAGGAGCACAUAAUUGAGAUUUUUUCAACAUACGGCAACAUCAAAUUGGUUGAUUUUCCUCUCGACAAAUUACAUCCCACCCACGGCAGAGGAUUCGCGUACGUCGAAUUCGAAACGGCCGAUGAAGCUGAAAACGCCAUGAAACAUAUGGACGGAGGUCAGAUCGACGGCCAGGAAAUAACCGCCGCGCCGGUGCUGCUACCCAAGGCCCGACCACCGCCCAUCCGUCGCAUGUCCCCGAUGAUGAAUCGAAGAGGCCCGCCUCCGGGCCGUUGGGGUGGCGGCGGAGGCGGAGGCGGCGGUGGUGGCGGUGGCGGUGGCGGCGGCGGCGGCGGUGGCGGUGGAGGUGGAGGAAACCGGAACUCGCCGCCACGCUACAGAAGACGCUCACCGCCGAUGAACCGACGCGGUCGAAGCCCCGCAAGGCCGCCCCGCCGUCGGCCUCGCAGCCGCUCCAGGUCACCCAUGAACAAUCCCCGACGCGACAGACACCGCCGCUACACGAGAUCGAGCUCCAGCAGCUCGCGAUAGCCCGCGCGAUAACUUAUUAACUUUGACACAUUGACGCGGCCGGGGAUCGGGAUCUUCACGGACGUCCGAGCACCUGGUAGCGGGCGAACGAGCAGGAGGAGGAAGAAGGAUGA